GUGGCCACGCUGGAACUCCACGGCCGCCUUGACUUCCCGGGCGGGCACUCGGCCGUGAUCCUGUUCGAACUCUCGGUGACCCGACCUCCGUCGGAUGACGGGCAGUCGGAUGGUGGCUCACUGCCAUCAUCCCACUCCGCCUUUGGGUCCGUGGAGGAGGUGGACACGGAGGAGGAAGGCGAAGUUGAACACGACCCCGAGGAAGAGCCUGAGGCGGUAGAGGACGGGGGCCGGGGCUUGGGGCGCCCCGGCAGCAUCCCCUCUUCGGAGGGGGGGCUGACCGCCCCGGCGGGCUGCAGCGUGUCGUCUGCUGUGCGCCUGUUCGUCGGAGCAGACGCGCCGCAGACGGCACGCUCCAGCACGCCAAAGGUCGGGAGAGCCGUCCAGCCAAGCAAGGCGCGGCAAGGCGCCAGACCGCGCUAG